UCAACAGAAUCUAAUCAUAAUAAUACCAUUUUUUAAUAACUAAAUUAUUUAGUUAACUUCUUUGUUAAGUGUGUUUAACAUUUUUUAUAAAAAUAUAUCAAAAUGAAAUUGGUAAUCGCAUUCACAGUAGCCUGCGUAGCAGUAGCAUUAGCCCGACCACAAGGCCCCCAAGAUAAAGAUGCUGUAAUUGUUCAACAACGUAGUGACAAUGGUCUUACCAAAUAUGACUUUGGUUAUGAAACAUCAAAUGGUAUCUCACAAGAAGAACAAGGUGAAGUAAAAGAAAUUUCACCAGAAGAAGGUUUAUUACGAGUUGUUGGAAAAUACAGUUAUACCGGACCAGAUGGUGUUUUAUAUACUGUAACAUACAUUGCUGAUGAAAAUGGUUUCCAACCACAAGGUGAUCAUCUUCCAAAAGCACCUUAGAUACUCUAGAUUUUCUUUGAGUAUUUAUACUAAAUAAAUCAAAUUUUUUAAGCUUGUAAAUCUGGUCGUAAAUUUGUACAGUUUUUAUAAAAUUGUUUAUUCUUUUUGUGUA